CAGACUUCCACGGGCGGCUGCUUUCCGGCAUUCCUUACUGCGUUUGCGACAGCGUUGCUAACUGGUCUACGGCGCUGUUUACGAUCGAAGAACUGUGAUCUAAACUGAAAACUGAAGGACGAAGUGGUAAAAUGAAGCAGUGAGGGUCCAAAGGUGUUCCUACAUCCCGUCUAGAAGGCGACACAAUGGCCAAUCAAUUGAGAGGUGAAGUAGUCAAAUUGUACAAGAGUCUGCUGUUUCUGGGACGGGAAUACCCCAAAGGUGCCAACUACUUCAGAGAUCGCCUGAAAACAGCAUUCAUGAAGAACAGAGAUGAGACAGAUCCUGAAAAGAUCAAACAGAUGAUUGCUCGUGGGGAGUUUGUGAUAAAGGAGCUGGAGGCCCUGUAUUAUCUGAGGAAAUAUAGAGCUCUCAAGAAACGGUACUAUGAGACAAACGAAUGACAGACCCUGAUGUACCUCUGUUCCUUGUCCAUGGCCUUUCCAAAAACUAUCAGUGUGCCACCAGUGUGGAGACAUCCGUCAGUGAUACCACUUUACUAUGCUGAUCUGUACCAUGUCCACAAAUGCCUUUUUCGGUUUUUCACGAGGCUAAUUACUUCAGAAUCUGGGAAACUUGGCUGAAAACAAGAGAAACUUAUCGUUGUUGCAUCAAAUGAACAUAAUCUGAGUUGCACUACGGGAAUGUUCUUAACCGUUGUUUUUUUUGUGUGAAAUUCUGUGAAACACUGAUGUGUUAAGCAACCAUUUGUAGAAUGUUACUGCCAACAUACUACUGAAAAUUUCCAUUUGAUACAAACUAGUUUGUGUUCUUUCAUUUUAAACAGGUGUAUAUACAUUUUACCAUCAUCCUGGACAGUUUCCUGAGCAUUACACUCACAGCAUAAGUGAUGGUAAAUCAGAAGCAACAUAGAGAAAACAUAGCCAGAUCCCCACCCUAUAAAAUGUAUAAUAUUUGAAAGGUUUCACAGACAGUUUCUUUCAGAACAGAAUAAAGUAUGAUCCUUAAUGUCAUCCAGAUAAGUGUGCAAGUAAGUCCAUUGGGGGAAAUGAUUGUAUUCAUAUUUUUUAAUAAAAGAUUCCCUCACUA